AACAGGAACCUCAGAGGACGAAGAUGACGAGGAGGAGUCCGAUUCAGAUGAUGGCGGCUGCGAGGAGAGCGGGCUGGGUAUGCUGGCCAGGUUUGCAGCGAACGCGAUCCCCGUCAGCUCGGCCCCGUUGAGCCUCCUCCAUGACGGCAAACACCGCAGCAGGCAAAGCACUCUGGGUUCCUCAGAGUACGAGUGGUCAGACUCUGGCUCAGACUUGCGUUUGAGGAAGUUCCCCUCUCUGCUCCACGGAAAACGCUCCGCCCCAGAGCUGCCGCUGUUGCCCCCUGCAACCCGGCGCACUGACCAGACGAGCCCCACCAAGCGAGAUGAAGCGCCAGUCAAACGCAAGCCCCUGCCCAAACCCCGCCCCUCGCCGAGAUCGCCCCGAAGAUUUAGCUUCGACCUCGGCAGCAGCCACGGGUUCGGAGGCUUCAGCGAGGACGAGGCCUGGAGCCGACGACGCAGCGAGAGGAUUUUCCUCCAUGACGCCACCACCUCAGCGACUCAGAUGUCUGUGUCAGGCCCUGGAUCUGUCAGUCAGAGCUCCUCCUCCUCCUCAUCCUCCAGCUCAGGCCCACCUCUGACCCCAAAGCCCGCCCCCAGACCCAAACCCACUCCGCCCAGCAAAGACGUGGUGAAAAAAAAGAAGCUGAAGGACUCUCCUCUGCCUGUGAGCCCGUCAUCCCUGUGCAGUCCAAUCACAGACGUCCCCGUGCCGCUGGGCCUCAGCCCGACGCGCAAGAGCCAACCAAAAGCCAAGAGCAAGACCAGAGAGCCUUCCAGAGGAGCGGUGAGCCGGCUGAUGGAGAGCAUGGCGGCAGACGAAGACUUCGAGCCCAACCAGGACAGCAGCUUCAGCGAAGACGAACUUGUCCCUCCACGCAGCCACAGUGUAUCAGAGAGGUCCUCCGAACCCGCUCCGGUGCAGUGUGUGUUGGAUAAGGAUUCUCUGGUGGAUGGACUCAGAGUUCUGAUCCCGAUGGACGACCAGCUGCUGUACGCCGGACACGUGAACACGGUGCACUCCCCUGACAUAUACAGCGUGGUGGUGGAGGGAGAGAGAGGAAACCGACCACACAUCUACUGCUUGGAACAACUGCUGCAGGAAGCUAUCAUCGAUGUGAAGCCUCCGUCCGUGCGCUAUCUCCCAGAGGGCACUCGAAUCGCUGCGUACUGGAGCCAGCAAUACCGCUGCCUGUACCCCGGGACUGUUGUCAAUGGAAGUUCAGAUAUUGACGAGAAUGACGAUCUGAUCACGGUGGAGUUUGACGAUGGCGACACAGGCCGCAUCCCCCUCUCACACAUCAGGCUGCUGCCGCCCGACUACAAGAUCCACUGUGCUGAGCCGUCCCCCGCGCUGCUCGUGACCAGCUGCUCCAGGAGGAGAGUCCGCAAAUGCAGCAAAGAGGGAAAAGAAGCCGGAACGAAGCCAGAGGAGACGGCUCCGAAGAUCAAAGGGAAACCUGGUCGCAAACCCAAACCCAAACCAG